GGUGGUUCUAAAGUUUGAAUCUUCCUUCAGUUCCUCUGUUUUCUCAUUGAUUUCUAAGUUCUCUUAUUCAGAACUCCACGUGUUUGUGCUUUUGCCUGAUUAAAGCAAAACCCGUGUGCCUGCAUUGUCUGAAAUCUGAAUCAAAAGAUAACUUUCUGCUUUUCUUAUUCGGAAAUCGGAAAUCCAAUGUUUGUGUUUUUGUCUGAUUAAGGCAAAACCCUGUUUCUGCAUUCUUUAGUGAUUGUAAAGUUUGAAUCUUUGAUGGAUCUUGUGAGUAAGGGUAUCACGAUCCAUGACUCUGGUGCUCUGGCGCCGGUGGUGAAUCCGGCCGGGGACACAAUCUUUGGGAAGCCUUUGCAUUCAUCGGAUACUACCAGUUUUCCUAUUAUCGCCAUUGCCAUAAUCGGGAUUUUGGCCACGGCGUUCUUGCUGGUCAGCUACUACAUCUUCGUUAUCAAGUGCUGCCUCAACUGGCACCGGAUUGACCUUCUCCGGCGAUUUUCUCUGUCUCGGCGCAGACGGCAUGAAGACCCAUUAAUCUGGAAUGCUCCGGCAGUGGAACACCGGGGACUUGAUGAAUCUGUGAUAAGAUCAAUCCCUAUUUUUCAGUUCAAGAAAAGUGAGAAUGGAAAAGAUUUUGGGGAAAGAAGUUUCUGCGAAUGUGCAGUUUGCUUGAAUGAGUUUCAAGAAGAGGAGAAGCUCAGAAGAAUCCCAAACUGCGGCCAUGUUUUCCAUAUCGAUUGCAUUGAUGUCUGGCUUCAAAAUAACGCCAAUUGCCCUCUUUGUAGAACAAGCAUUUCAAGCACUACUCGAUUGCCUCCGGAUCAGAUUAUUGCCCCAAGUUCCACCCCACAAGAACCCAAUCCAACGUUCUCCGGUAAUCUUGCCACCGGAGAUGAGGACUACGUUGUGAUUGAAUUGGGCAAUAUUCAGAAUUCCACCGAUCAGACGUUGCUUGGGGCACAAGAAAGAUUGAACUCAGGGGAACUUCCGGUGACAAGGACAAUUACUCCUUCGAGGAAGUUGGAGCAGAGAAUUGUGCACAAAAGAGCCAGAAAGUUUCAUAAAGUCACAAGCAUGGGAGAUGAAUGUAUUGAUAUAAGAGACAAGGAUGACCAGUUUGCCAUUGAACCCAUAAGGAGAUCUUUCUCAAUGGAUUCCUCCACGGAUCGGCAGCUGUUUCUAGCUGUUCAAGUGGCUGUUCAACAGAGCAGACAUAUCUCUGAGGUUAGUCCCAUUGAAGGAAGCAGCAACAGAGUGAGGAGAUCAUUCUUUUCAUUUGGUCACGGUAGAGGAUCAAGAAAUGCAGUUUUGUCCCUUCAUUUGGAACCAUGGAAAGCAUAGCUUUGUAGAGGAUGAUUGUAGAUGUGAUUAGAGUUUGUGAAAAUAGAUUUAGUUCAAAUGAACUUUGGAAGCAUUGUUUCAUUUGAUUCGUUUGUGUCCAUAAUGAAUUAAAUUUAGCUCU